GCCAGGCCCCGGGCAGCCGCGGCCCCAGAAUAGCCGUGCCGCCCCGCGGUCAGCAUGGAGCGCCUCUCCGGCCCCGCCGCGGCCCAGGUGACGCUGCUGGACGCUGCUGCCCACCAUGAGGAGAAAGGGUUCCCGGAGGCCGUGUGCCACAGGGAAGAGGAGGAAGAGGAUAGACAGAGGCGCCCAAGACCUGUCACCUUCACGUUGGGAAACGAGGUGCUGGGGCUAGGCCCAGAGAGUGAGUUUCAGACCCCCGAUGCUGAGGUCUACAUGCACUUCAUGAGGAGCCACUGUUGCUACGAUGCAAUCCCCACCAGCUGCAAGCUCGUCGUCUUUGACAUCUCCCUGGAGAUCAAGAAAGCCUUUGUGGCACUGGUGGCCAAUGGGGUGCGUGCUGCCCCGCUCUGGGACAGCAAGACGCAGAGCUUUGUGGGGAUGCUCACCAUCACCGACUUCAUCAACAUCCUCCACCGCUACUACCGCUCACCUCUGGUUCAGAUCUACGAGGUAGAGGAGCACAAGAUUGAGACAUGGAGAGAGGUGUAUCUGCAGGGCUCCUUCAAGCCACUGGUCUACAUCUCCCCGAGUGACAGCCUCUUCGAUGCGGUCUACUCCCUGAUCAAACACAAGAUCCACCGCCUGCCUGUCAUCGAGCCUGCCUCGGGCAAUGUCCUGCACAUCCUGACGCACAAACGCAUCCUCAAGUUCCUCCACAUCUUUGGCUCCACUGUCCCCAAGCCACGCUUCCUGAAGAAGACAGUGCAGGAGCUAUGUGUUGGCACCUUCCGCGAUGUAGCUGUCGUGCCCGAGACUGCCCCUGUCUACACUGCACUGGAGAUCUUCGUGGACCGCCGCGUCUCCGCCCUGCCAGUCAUCAAUGAUGCUGGGCAAGUGGUUGGCCUCUACUCCCGGUUUGAUGUCAUUCAUCUGGCAGCCCAGAAGACCUACAACAACCUGGACAUUAGUGUGAGGGAAGCACUGCGGCAGCGCACUGUCUGCCUGGAGGGGGUCCUCACCUGCUACUCCCAUGAAACCAUGGAGGAUGUCAUUGAUCGCAUUGCCAAGGCACAGGUCCAUCGCCUGGUUCUGGUGGAUGAGAAUCAAUACCCGCGGGGGAUCGUCUCCCUCUCCGACAUCCUCCAGGCCCUUGUGCUCACUCCUGCAGGCAUUGACCGAUCCUCACUCUGAAGACACUGGGGAAGUGCUGCAGUCUCAUCUGACUUGGGGGCUUCUUGUGUGACCCUGGGGCUAUGGAAGGAGGCUUGGGCUCCAGAGGCUCUCUGUGGGAGGACUUGCCCACCUACCCAGGUUCUGGUGCUCGUCUUGAGUCCAGGGCCAGAUCCUGCCAGCCCUGGGGAGGCAGAGAGUGGGUAAAAGAGGCCCCAGGUUUGCCUCCUACCAGCAGGCACAUGCUGAUGCUUGAUGGCCACCAUGCAGCGAGCUUUGCAACAUCUGCAGCUGGGCACAAGACUGGAAUGGCCCUGAGGUACUUGGCCACCCCUAGGCUCAGCUGCACACACAGGCUUGUUUGUUACAGGGUCACAUUGGGAUAGCAAUUCCUGGCAGAGGCACAGCCUGCAUCAGAGCUGGUGCCAAGAUGGGCAUUUGCAUGGGGACCCUAUGCACGUUUUGGGGUGGGCAGAGGGUAUUUAUUUUCUGAUCUGUUCAGCCUCAUUGUGAUAAAGCAACCUGCUCCAAGAA